GGUUUCCAGCCUGCGGGAUGUCUCCCAGAGUCGUAUCGCAGCUGGAGAUUGAGGCAAAAGAAAGAAAAAGAAAAGACGAAGAAAGAAAAAAAGAGGAUCACAUCAACAUUUCACAAUCGGCUUUUCAACAUCUCAACCACCAAAAAAGAUGUGGUGUUUCAAGGGGCUUUUGGGCGACCUAGUCCAGUGCCGGGAACGGGGAUGAACCUGGGAACGACAAGGCCAGGAGCUGCUACCUGCGACGUACCAUUUUGGUAUAUUUCUGGGACUGUUUUGGCUUUCUCUUGAACAUUCAAUACCUCGAGGGAACCCAAGAAGCUAUCGCAGGGAACGGCAUCGUUUAGAAGCACAGAUUCUAUUGGUGCACCAGCUUCCCUCCGCCGCCCAGCAUCCACUCUCACGCCAGGCGCCCCAUUUCCAGUCCAGGUGCUGGGGCUAGGCUCCCGGCCACUAAAAUAUGGAGCUGACACUGGCUGUAAGUCCAAGUACAGCUCGCUAGCACAUAAUAAAAAGUUGGGUAUCGAGACCCUGCACUUUGCGACGAGGAACUAACAGACGGGAACCCCAGGGAGCUGUUCCUGCUGUGCCGUUCCAUUCAGUGCCCCAAAGGCUCAUCCCGUCAUAAAUCGUACAGUGACCUCAGGUUCCAUUUAAGUUAGCCUCUUUUCCUCUCGCCCAUGCCCAUGUCCGCCCAUGUUGCGCCUGUCAUGGAUGUUGUUGUUAAUUAAUAAAUGACCCGUCUCUUCUCUUCUUCCCUGUCUCAGAAAUACUCUCUGGCUUGGCUUGGUUGGUCCGCUCUAUCUAUACAGUCCUUUCGCCUAUCCAGCUCUAUCGACUCUUUUCCCCUCCACACCCAACAUACGCAACUUAAAUCGAGGCACUUCUCCUGAGGCAACGGGAAACGGAUUGCUCUCCUAUCGAGACACUUGGUUUUACCACUAACGCCGAUACCGUCGAGGCUUCUUCACUCGCACCACCCGGACCGAUUCUCCUAUCGAAUACAUAGCUCAAACCCCGAGUUUCCGGCCGUUUUCGCGACCUCGUCUGGCGACUCGCCUCAUGCUCUUGUAACAGCAUUGACCUUGACCGAUCCUUAAAUCUCUCACUUCGGCUUCUGUUUGAUCUGUCUCACUCACUCGCUUGCGAUAACCGAAACGACUUUCCGACUCCAUCGAGAGACGGCAUCCAUUUUCGACUGUCUUGCAUCUCUACUCCCAGUCAACCUCACCCUACGCCACAAUUCCACCUCAAACCCCCAUAAUGUGCUUUGGAAGUCGGGAUAAGGGCGAUCGCGGUCUUGCGCGAUCUCGUGAUAUCGACAAGCAGCUUCGCCAGGAUGAGAAGAGGCUAUCCAAGGAGGUCAAGCUCCUCUUGCUAGGUAGGAAUGGUCUGGCCGCGCUUUCGCACAAAUGAGACUGACACGCCAUGCGCGUCCAACAGGUGCUGGAGAAUCUGGAAAGUCAACUGUCCUCAAGCAGAUGAAGCUUAUUUACUCUCAAGGCUUCAGCAAAAAUGAGAAGCUGGAAUGGAAGCCCGUCAUCUUUAGCAACAUUGUUCAGUCUUUCAAAGUUAUUGCCGAAGCAAUGAAUGAGCACGAUCUCCAAUUCGACAACCCCGACAACGAGAAACAUAUGGCCCACAUCCUUGUCGACCACGAAAUUAGCCCUCACGACCCUAUGCCUGCUGACUAUCUUGAGCCCAUCAAAGCCCUGUGGGUCGACAAUGGUGUUCGAGCGGCCAUUGGGAUGGGCAACGAAUAUGCGUUACAUGACAACCUAACCUAUUUCAUUGAGGACAUCGAUAGACUCUGGGGAGAGGACUAUGUCCCCGAUGAUCAAGAUCUUCUUCGAUCGCGAUUGCGAACUACUGGUAUCACAGAGACCAUCUUCGACCUCGGCCAACUGACCUACCGAAUGUUUGAUGUUGGUGGCCAGCGUUCAGAACGAAAGAAGUGGAUUCACUGCUUCGAGAAUGUCAACUGCCUAUUGUUCUUGGUCGCAAUUAGCGGUUAUGAUCAGUGCUUGGUUGAGGACAAGGAUGGGAACCAAAUGAAUGAGGCGCUCAUGCUUUGGGAGUCGAUUGCCAACUCCCAUUGGUUUGCCAGAUCAGCGCUGAUCCUCUUCCUGAAUAAGAUGGAUCUGUUCAAGGAGAAGCUCCCCAAGAGCCCUAUUACGAAUCACGGGUUCACCGAUUACCACGGACCUAAGGACGAUUAUAAGGCGGCGAGCAAGUACUUCCUGGACAAGUUCAAGGCUUUGAACCGAAACACCGAGAAGGAGAUUUAUGGCCAUUUCACCAAUGCUACCGAUACGAACCUGCUCAAAAUCACUAUGGCCUCAGUCCAGGACAUGAUCAUCCAACGCAACCUCAAGCAGCUCAUUCUCUAAUCCAGCAUAUUCUCGACUCGGAACUUGUUAUACGGAGACACCCGACAUUUAUCAAGAUAUACACGACUAUAAAAUGGGGGUCGGAUAUUCCCCGGGUGAUAACUCGGCCUCAGCAUCAUGUCUUCAUAUGUCAUGAUCUGGUGAAGAUAUAUCAGUGCUGUCGAUCAGGACUGCAUUGCUUCCUUCUUCUGGAUUGUACUUUUUUUUUUUUAAACCUCAUUACCGACUCGGGCCAGUCGAACCAGCGACAUGUUUACAUGCGCUCUAUAUGUCCCUCUGUGCUAAUUCACCCAGUUGUCGGAGUCGCAGGGACCCCUCUCACAUGGAUGCAACCCAACACUUGAUUGCCUCCCAUGGUAAUACUGGCAACAUGGUCUGAAGACUUGCCCGGGCCGCAGUGCAUAAGUCAAAGCAGUCAGAGACGGGUCAUGACUCGCCAAGGCAAAGUCACCGGGUGCAUCAGGGCAUCAGUGGAAUGAUAGCGGAACGACCGUUUUGGCCGAAUUGUGUUUUUUGUGCAUUGCAUUGCAUGAUACCUAAGGCGUACCAGUGGAUUCAUUUCGGUGUGUCUGUUUUUUUUCAAAAUCGAUUGUUCUAAAAGCAGCAGAGCGGCGGGCUAGCCAUCCCUUAUUUCUUUUAGUGCUGUUAAUGAGGCGUAUGAUAUAAACAACGAGGGGAUUGAUCGGUUGAUUGAUUACGUAUGUAUAGAUCAGAGUAACAUAACAUAACAUAACAUAACAUAACUUGAUACUCAGGUUUAGAUCCUUGGCAUCAAGUCACUCGUUGUUGGCGUAUUCACAC